CCCUGACGGAAAUUGGCGAGUGAAGGCGAUAAGAGCCGAGGGAAUGUGCCUCGGAGGAGGGCGGAUGUCGGAGUGGUUGUCAUGGAGACGGAGGAAGUAGUGGUUGAUAGGGACGCGGACCGUUACUAGGAAGCGUUGGUAGAGAGAUGGAGGCGGCGGUCCCGGACUGUCUGCGCUGGAGCUGCCGGGAUGUGGGAGGCUGGAUACGGCGGAAGGGCUUCCCGCAGUACGAGGUGUGCUUCACAGACAAUGAAAUCAAUGGCCGCAAACUCAUCCAUGUCACAUGUUCCACCCUGCCACAGAUGGGUGUCACCGACUUCCAGGACAUGAAGGCCAUCGCUAAACUGGUGAGAGAUCUGCUGGGUGUCAGUGAGCCGGCCUUUAUCCGCAGUGUAUCCCUCCCCCGAAGGGAUAACAUGGGGCUCUUCCUGGAGCAGAAAUCUCAGACCGGAACCAACCAUGACCUGCUCACCUACAACCAAUUUGUUCUGGAGCAGGGCCUGUGAUUGGAGGCGAUUCCCUACCUCCAUUACCAACAACUAAUUCUGGCUGAAGCAGGGCCUGUGAUCGGAGACCAUUCCCCCCUAUCCCCAUCUCCAACAACCAAUCCAUCCUGGAGUAGAGCCUGUGAUCAGAGACUAUUCCCUCCACCUUCAUCUCCAACAACCAAUCCAUCCUGGAGCAGAGCCUGUGAUCAGAGACCAUUCCCCCCUAUCCCCAUCACCAACAACCAAUCCAUCCUGGAGCAGAGCCUGUGAUCAGAGACCAUUCCCCCCUAUCCCCAUCACCAACAACCAAUCCAUCCUGGAGCAGAGCCUGUGAUCAGAGACCAUUCCCCCCUAUCCCCAUCACCAACAACCAAUCCAUCCUGGAGUAGAGCCUGUGAUCAGAGACUAUUCCCUCCACCUUCAUCUCCAACAACCAAUCCAUCCUGGAGCAGAGCCUGUGAUCAGAGACCAUUCCCCCCUAUCCCCAUCACCAACAACCAAUCCAUCCUGGAGCAGAGCCUGUGAUCAGAGACCAUUCCCCCCUAUCCCCAUCACCAACAACCAAUCCUUCCUGGAGUAGAGCCUGUGAUCAGAGACUAUUCCCUCCACCCCCAUCACCAACAACCAAUCCAUCCUGGAGCAGAGACCUUCCCUCCACCCCCAUCUCCAACAACCAAUCCAUCCUGGAGCAGAGACCAUCCCUCCACCCCCAUCUCCAACAAUCAAUCCAUCUUGGAGCAGAGACCAUCCCUCCACCCCCAUCUCCAACAACCAAUCCAUCCUGGAGCAGAGACCUUCCCUCCACCCCCAUCUCCAACAACCAAUCCAUCCUGGAGCAGAGACCAUCCCUUCCCAGCCAUCUCCAACAACCAAUCCAUCCUGGAGCAGAGACCAUCCCUCCACCCCCAUCUCCAACAACCAAUCCAUCCUGGAGCAGAGCCUGUGAUCAGAGACCAUUCCCCCCUAUCCCCAUCACCAACAAC